AUGAACAGAAGCAUACUACAGCAGGUAAGAAUCACCCAACAACCAGAGCGCUGGUUCAACAUCAGGCACCGACGUCUCUCCACUAAAACGACGGUUCCCCUCGUUAUCAACGGCAAAGAUGUUGAGACAUCCAAUGUCCAUUCUGUUAUAAGCCCUUUGACGGGUAAGCCAAUAUGGUCUCUGGCAUGUACAUCAAGCCAGCAUCUCGAAGAUGCCAUCCAAAGUGCCCAUUCCGCUUUCCCUAGGUGGUCCAAGACCAAGGCAUUCGUACGAAGCGAUAUCUUUCUUACUGCGGCUGAUAUUAUGAAUAAGCGACGAUCAGAACUUGGUGAAUACAUGCACCAUGAGAUAGGAGCUAACCAAAGAUAUCAAGAUUUUAUUUUAGGGCUUGCUAUUGAUGGCCUGAAAGACACGGCUGGGCGAAUUUUUGGGGCUGUCCAGGGGUCUACACCAGAGUCGACCUACGAAGGAAUAAAGGUCAUCGUUCAUAAGCGCCCCUAUAGAGUAAAUCUUAGGAUUACAUCGAAUGCGCCAUACCAUCUUGGACUGCGAUCUAUCUCCUUUGCCCUUGCUCCUGGAAAUACAGCUAUUCUGAAAGGAGCAGAACUUUCACUACAGUACUACUGGGGAAUUAUUAACAUCUUCCGCGAAGCUAGUUUACCAGACGGAGCUCUGAAUCUCAUCUUUCACUCUCCCCAAGAUACAGGCACCACCAUCAGCGCCCUUGUAUCCCAUCCGACAGUAAAGAAGAUCAACUUUACCGGAAGCACCAGGGUUAGCAGCAUUAUCUCAGAAAUUGCUGGUAAACAUCUGAAACCUGUUCUUAUAGAGCUCGGAGGAAAAGCAAGUGCGAUUGUGCUCGAAGAUGCCGACCUAGAGCAAGCUGCCCUCCAUUGCGCACGAGGAGCUUUUAUAAAUGCUGGGCAGAUAUAUAUAUCAACCGAACACGUCUUAGUACAAGAUUCGAUCGCCCCCGAAUUCCAGAAUAUCCUGCAACGCACUAUUCAAGACCUAUUCGGUCCUUAUAACUGCGGCUUCAGCCUAACGAAACCGGGCCUUAAUAUCAGAUACAGUCGGCAAGGGUGCAGAAUCAGUACAAAUCUUCAGCAACACUCACAAAGAUCAAAUCUUUAUACCAGCGAAUCUUUUGGUCCCAGCGUAUCACUCUUCACUUUUGAAACCUUAAAUAAUACUAUCACAUUAGCCAAUGACACAGACUACGGCCUGUCAGCUUCCAUCUUCACAGACGACUUAGGCAAGGCAUUCCGUAUUGCUGACGAAUUGGAAUCCGGGGCUGUCCAUAUCAACUCGAUGACCGUUCACGAUAAGUAUCCCCUUCCCCAUGGCGGAGUAACGAAUAGCGGGUUUGGAUGUUUCAAUGGUUACCAAGGGUUGGAUGAAUUUCUAUACUAUAAGACAGUCACCUGGAUGGAGUAG